GACAUCCAUUUCAGAGGCAGGGGACAGAUGAAGGGACCCAAGCCCCAGCUCCCCUACCCCCCAGCACCAACUUGGCUUUUCCUCUCACCAGCCCCGCCGGGCCUGUGUUCCAGGGCAGCCCGAGAGCAUGGGCUGGGUGCCUCAGUUUACUCGUGUCUAAAAAUAGGAUAUGAGCUUCCACCUCGUUUCACCUUUAAGGACUUCUUCAUUUAACGAAUGCCCUCUGUGGGCACGGCCCAGGAAUGGGCUCUGAGGAUGCAGCAGUGACCAAGGCAGACCCCUUCCCCACCGAGUGGGGUAGGAAAGAGGAGUUCUCUGAGAGAGGGACUGGUCAGCUGCAAAGUGGGAAGGGCAUGUUAGGCAGAGAGAACAGCCAGUGCAAAGGUCCUGGGGCAUUCUAAGUAACCAGAGCAGGGUGAUGAGUGAGCACACGGGGGAUGGGAGUAGACGGCAGAGGGUGGAUCCGUGAGCCUGGAGGUCCUAGGAGGGGAGGUCUGGUUUUUGUUCAGAGGCAACGGUGAGCUAUGGGGAAGGGGGGGUAGAGAAGAGAAUUAAAGCUGCUGUGAAAUCUAGAACCCCCUUCCAUCUACAAGAAGAGUGGGGGUCUAGGACCAUGUCAAGUGACAGCACAGGGAUAUAACCUGCCACACGCAACCUGCUGGAAAUUGUGCAGGACACAUGACCAGAUCGCCUUAACAAAUAGAGAGCAACAGGUUCGGGAGGAGUGUGAGGAGGAGGAGGGACUGCUAAGUGCCCCCAGAGCACGUGCUGUGUGACGUCACAUAGAUAAAUGUGAGAAGACACCACAGGAAUCGAUGGUGAUUCAAACCCCGGGAGAAGGUGCCUCUGGGCAGAGGGACAGGCAGGGGGUCCUGAGGGCCAGGAGCCUUUGGUCCCCUGGUCGGGCCCAUGAUGACUAGCUCCAUGAACGUGCUGGUGGGAGAGGGCACAGUGUGGGCCUUGGCCUGAUUCUGGAGUCUCCUGCGCGGGACCCUCCCAACCCCCUCGUGGACCCUCGGUGCCCCAGGAGCCGCCUCCGCUGCCCGCCGCCCCCACCUCAAAGGUCCAGCCAUGCCCUCAGCGCUCUCCCAGGCCCUUGGACUCAGCUGCGGCCCCAAAAGAGUCCCUCCUCCUAGCAAGCCUGGGUCUCCUCAUCCUGGUCUGCUGCUCAUUCCCCUCCUGACCUUCUAGGCCAGUGUCGAGAAUAAUUUUGAAGGCGGAAAGAGGGUGAACGGGCAGUGCCCCUCUCCCAGAGUCUUUGGCGAUGGUGAUGACUGAUGUGCCGCAGGGGCCCAGGGCCUGUUUCCCCAUUUCUCCCCUCCCCCACCUCUUAGUCACAGUUUCCUCAAUGGUGGCAUCUUUUUGUCUCUGUGUGGUACUCCGCGAUGGCAGGAGCAUUCUGGCACACUGAGGCAUGCCUCGUGGGUAGUAUCUGGGGUACAUUUCUGGGUGUGGGUUUUGGGGGUCAACGGUGUCAUUGCAGAAUGCCCUCCACCUGGUUCCUGCCACCAAGGUCACAGGUGCCCGCAUCCCCAGUGUGAGUAUCUGCUACUGGCAGUCGCUUAGGUGGGAGGCAGACACCCCAGUUACAGCAGUGGAGUCCUAGGGAGCUUCUUCAAGACCAGGAGUCUGCUGACGGCUAGAUCCUGGGCAGCCCUGCCCUGCUCUGAGCUGCCCGUGGCUCUCCAGGACCCCUCCUUGCAGCCCCGGGUACCAGGGCCCACCCACUGGAGCCCCAGGCACUCGGGAGGUCAAAGUCAUGGCCACUACCAAGGGGCCUUCUCUUGCAUCUGUGUUUUGGUCCAGACUGCUCGCCGGUCCUGUGGGUCUCUACGUCCUGUUAGGAUCGUCCUUCUAGGACCCAUAGCAGCCUCCACGCAGCUGACCCCUCUCCCCUGGCUCCCCAAGCCCCUCCUCCAGCCUGUCCCCUCCAGUGCGCUCGCCAGGACUGUGGACUGCAGAAGGAGAGGAAAGAAAGGGGGAGAAGUUGGCUGUGCACGUGAAUGGAGGGCACGCGGGAAGGAGAGGGGGGAAGGCGGGGACAGGGCGGGCAGCAGGAUAUAAACUCGCAGGGGCUGAUUCAGGAGCAGAGAAGCUGCCCAGCCCGGUGGAGCGGCCCUCCAGACCCGGUGGCCUCCAGCUGAGACCCUUCCCUGUGCUCGGAGGGCGUGUCCCCAGCAGGAGGCCAAGAGGAGGGUCCCCACGGUGAUCCCGGAACGCAGCCAAGGAAGAGGACUGCGGAGCCAUGAGCGCCGUGGCCAUGUCGGCGCCCAACGCAACCUGGAGGGUGCCGGCCAACGCCUCGGGCGGCGGGGUCCCCCAGCUACUGCCGGUGGACGCCUGGCUCGUGCCACUGUUCUUUGCCGCACUGAUGCUGCUCGGCCUGGCUGGGAACUCUCUGGUCAUUUUCGUCAUCUGCCGCCACAAGCAGAUGAGGACGGUGACCAACUUUUACAUAGCCAACUUGGCGGCCACCGACGUGACCUUCCUGUUGUGUUGCGUGCCCUUCACGGCCUUGCUCUACCCGCUGCCCGCCUGGGUGCUCGGCGACUUCAUGUGCAAGUUCGUCAAUUACAUGCAGCAGGUCUCCGUGCAGGCCACGUGCGCCACCCUGACUGCCAUGAGCGUGGACCGCUGGUACGUGACCGUGUUCCCCCUGCGCGCCCUGCACCGCCGCACGCCCCGCCUGGCUCUGGCGGUCAGUCUCGGCAUCUGGGUGGGCUCUGCGGCCGUGUCGGCGCCUGUCUUCGCUCUGCACCGCCUCUCGCCAGGGCCCCGCACCUACUGCAACGAGGUGUUCCCCAGCCGCGCCCUCGAGCGGGCCUUCGCGCUCUACAACCUGCUGGCGCUCUACCUGCUGCCCCUGGCCGCCACCUGCGCCUGCUACGGGGCCAUGCUGCGCCACCUGGGCCGCCCCGCCGCCACUGACAGCUCCCUGCAGGGGCAGCUGCUGGCAGAGCGAGCGGGCGCUGUGCGGGCCAAGGUCUCUCGGCUGGUGGCUGCCGUGGUCCUGCUCUUUGCCGCCUGCUGGGGCCCUAUCCAGCUGUUCCUGGUGCUGCAGGCGGUGGGCCCGGCGGGCGCCUGGCACCCGCGCAGCUACGCGGCCUACGCGCUCAAGACCUGGGCGCACUGCAUGUCCUACAGCAACUCCGCGCUGAAUCCCCUGCUCUACGCCUUCCUGGGCUCCCACUUCCGGCAGGCCUUCCGCAGGGUCUGCCCCUGCGCUCCCCGGCGGCCCCGGCAGCACCCGGGGUCUGGACCCUCGCACCCCGCUGCCCCCCACACGGAGUCGCACCGCCUGGCCGCCCACCCAGACACUGCCAGGACCCUGACACCAGGGAGCCUUGCAUGUGUCCCAAGGGAGCCCGAAGGCUGUGUGUCCUGAGGGAACACGCUGCCCCCUCUGGGCCCACUCAGGUUUAGAGC